CUGGGAUUUUGCUGCCGGGCUCCCUCUCUCUGCGGCCCUAUAGUUAAUUCCAUCAGCCGAGAUGAACCUCUAGUCUUGCUUUGAAAAAGCCAUUUUGUGUAACCCUUGCCUGUGAAUCUUUUCCUAAUACACCUGUUUGGGAGGAUCACUGACUGAGUAUGUCAUCUGAGAGAUACUUUUUGUUGACCAAGUACCGGUGAUUAGAGAAGAGAGUGGUUUUAGUUAUUACUUUUUUUUUUUUAAUCAUUAUGAACAUUGGCUUUUCCCUUCUGAAGUAAACAUGUUGAAAACGGAGUCAUCAGGUGAACGGACCUCUCUCCGAAGUGCCUCUCCUCACAGGAAUGCAUACCGAACCGAGUUCCAGGCAUUGAAAAGCACCUUUGACAAACCCAAGUCAGACGGGGAGCAAAAAGCAAAAGAAGGUGAGGGCUCCCAGCAGAGCCGAGGGAGGAAAUAUGGCUCCAAUGUCAAUCGCAUUAAAAACCUCUUCAUGCAGAUGGGGAUGGAACCCAGUGAGAAUGCUGCAGUCAUUGCCAAAGCCAGGGGGAAAGGGAGACCUCCUUCCCCGCAGAGAAGGAUGAAGCCCAGAGAGUUUCUGGAGAAGACAGACGGCUCAGUGGUUCAGUUGGAGCCCUCUGUCUCAGAGCGAAUUAGUAGAUUUGACACCAUGCACGAUGGCCCUUCCUAUUCCAAGUUCACAGAAACUCGCAAGAUGUUUGAGAGAAGUGUGUGCGAAUCAGGACACAAUAACCGCUAUUCCCCAAAGAAAGAAGAGAAAGCUGCAGGGAGUGAGCCCCAGGAUGAUUGGGGCGGGGCCAAGUCCAACAGAGGUAGCACGGAUUCCUUGGACAGUCUUAGCUCCCGAACGGAGGCGGUCUCCCCAACUGUGAGUCAACUGAGUGCAGUAUUUGAGAACUCCGAUUCUCCCAAUGCCCUUUCAGAGAAGGGGGAAAACAACGAAGAGUACUCCGUGACUGGGCAUUAUCCACUGAAUUUGCCACCCACGGUUACCAAUCUUGAUACUUUUGGUCACCUUAAGGAUUCUAAUUCUUGGUCUCCUUCAAACAAAGAAGGUUCUGAUGCAGAGGAUGCUCAGAAGAGCAAAAUAGCUCCAGCACCAGAAGUGGCCUCUAAAGGUACCCUAGUUUCAAUGUCUAGUGAGGGGACACAGCAGAGCCAGGGAGCCAAGGACUCAAGACCUAACCAAGAGACGACUGGCAGAAUUGGCCAAGAUGUUCUUGAAGAGCCGUGUGCUGGAAAUAAGGCAACGCCAGAGCCUGAAACCUGUUCGCCCUCAAAUGAAACUUUAGGAGAUGCCGAAGCUAAUUUGGUUGGGGAUGAUGCAGCAAAGCAUCAGAGAAAAGAACUUGGAGGCGGUGAUUUCCCUUCUGGUGAUGCUCCUGGAUCCACUUAUGGAAAAGAAACACCUGAAGAUGUAAAUAAUUCUGAGAGUUCCCAUGUUUACAUGCACAGUGACUAUAAUGUGUAUAGAGUAAGAUCCAGGUAUAAUUCAGACUGGGGAGAGACGGGCACCGAACAGGAUGAACAGGAAGAUAGUGAUGAAAACAAUUACUGUCAACCUGAUAUGGAAUACUCAGAAAUUGUUGGGUUGCCCGAAGAAGACGACAUCCCAGCAAAUAGAAAAAUCAAGUUUAGUAGUGAGCCAAUUAAGGUUUUCAACACCUACUCUAACGAGGACUACGACAGGAGGAAUGAGGAAGUGGACCCUGUAGCUGCUUCAGCCGAGUAUGAACUUGAGAAACGGGUAGAAAAACUGGAACUUUUCCCCGUAGAGCUAGAGAAAGAUGAAGACGGCCUUGGAAUAAGUAUCAUUGGAAUGGGUGUUGGAGCAGAUGCUGGCCUUGAAAAACUGGGAAUAUUUGUCAAGACAGUAACAGAAGGUGGUGCUGCUCAGCGGGAUGGCAGAAUCCAAGUCAAUGACCAGAUUGUGGAAGUGGAUGGAAUCAGCUUGGUGGGUGUUACACAGAAUUUUGCGGCUACAGUUCUCAGAAACACCAAGGGCAAUGUCAGAUUUGUGAUUGGACGGGAGCGACCCGGACACGUGAGCGAGGUGGCCCAGCUGAUCAGCCAGACCCUGGAGCAGGAGAGGCGGCAGCGCGAGCUGCUGGAGCGGCACUACGCCCAGUACGACGCGGACGACGACGAGAACACUGUGCCCGAAUUGCAAGGAGUCUCUGGCAACUUCAAUAACAGUAACAACUGUUUUCUUAAGACAGGGGAAUAUGCCACUGAUGAAGAGGAGGAUGAGGUAGGGCCAGUCCUUCCUGGCAGUGAGAUGGCCAUUGAAGUCUUUGAGCUGCCUGAGAAUGAGGAUGUGUUUUCUCCAUCAGACUUGGACACAAGCAAGCUCAGUCACAAGUUCAAAGAGUUGCAAAUCAAACAUGCAGUCACAGAAGCUGAGAUUCAAAAAUUGAAGACAAAGCUGCAAGCGGCCGAAAAUGAGAAAGUGCGGUGGGAGCUAGAAAAAACCCAACUCCAACAGAACAUAGAAGAGAAUAAAGAAAGAAUGUUGAAGCUGGAGAGCUACUGGAUUGAGGCGCAAACCUUAUGCCACACAGUGAACGAGCACCUCAAGGAGACGCAAAGCCAGUAUCAGGCCCUGGAAAAGAAGUACAACAAGGCCAAGAAGCUGAUCAAGGACUUCCAACAAAAAGAACUUGAUUUCAUCAAAAGACAGGAAGCUGAAAGAAAGAAACUGGAAGAUUUGGAAAAAGCUCACCUGGUGGAAGUUCAAGGCUUACAAGUACGGAUCAGAGAUCUGGAAACUGAGGUGUUUAGGCUCCUGAAGCAAAAUGGCACUCAAGUUAACAAUAACAACAACAUCUUUGAGCGAAGAACAUCUCUUGGUGAUGUCUCUAAAGGAGAUGCCAUGGAGAAUUUGGAUGUCAAGCAAACGCCUUGUCAAGACAGCUUAAGUCAAGACUUGAAUGAAGCGGUCCCAGAGACGGAACGUCUGGAUUCAAAGGCCCUGAAAACCCGGGCCCAGCUCUCUGUGAAGAACAAACGCCAGAGGCCCUCCAGGACAAGACUCUGUGACAGUGUCAGCUCCACGGAUGGGGAGGACAGUCUUGAGCGCAAGAAUUUCACCUUCAACGAUGACUUCAGCCCCAGCAGCACCAGUUCGGCUGACCUGAGUGGCUUGGGAGCAGAACCGAAAACGCCCGGGCGCUCUCAGUCCUUGGCGCUGUCAUCGGACGAGAGCCUGGACAUGAUAGAUGAUGAGAUCCUUGAUGAAGGACAGUCUCCCAAACUCAGUCAUUGGCAAAACCGGUCCGUUCGUGAAUGGAGUGUGCAGCAGGUUUCGCACUGGCUGAUGAGCCUAAAUCUGGAGCAGUAUGUAUCUGAAUUCAGCGCCCAGAACAUCACUGGAGAGCAGCUCCUGCAGUUGGAUGGAAGUAAACUUAAGGCUCUUGGAAUGGCAUCCUCCCAGGACCGAGCAGUUGUCAAAAAAAAACUGAAGGAAAUGAAGGUGUCUCUCGAGAAGGCUCGGAAGGCUCAAGAAAAAAUGGAAAAACAAAGAGAGAAGCUGCGGCGCAAGGAACAAGAUCAAAUGCAGAGGAAGACCAAAAAGACCGAGAAGAUGGCUUCAGACGCCACCCAAGGCGCUAGUGAGCAGUAACACACACUCCGGGAAUGAGGGUGGAGCUACUCUGAGUGGUGUCCCUGCCUCCACCUUCUCUGGAGGACAAAAAAAGAGAGACUGGUGACAGGGGAGCAUUACUCUAAGCAGAUUGAGGAACCACAUCACUGCAUUUUUUGCAAUAAUUGUACACACUCUUAAAUUUAACAUGCUGAAAUUAAUCCCAAGCUAACUUUGUUUAAUUAACAAACCAGGCAUCUCAUUUGUGAGAGCUUUGUUUCCCUCUUCUCUUACUUACCAACCAUCUUGCAUUGUGUCGGGUGUGUGGUACCACUCGAAGAACCAGCGUGGCACUGCACACCAGGAGCACGGUACCGCCCCAUGCCGUGACUGCAGCACCAUGCGUCUCCAGUUAGGGUUACUGGGACCGGGCCCUUGCACCACUCAACUGUGGGAUCUGGGGUCAGUACUUUCUUCUGGCCUGUGGAAUCUGCUCCAGUGUGUGGCAAAGGUCCCCCUUCCCUUCACCCCAGUGUCUAGGCACUGAGGCAGCUCCACGCUGGAAAUGUGGGUGCUCUGUCGCAAGGGAGAAGGGAAGCAGGCAUUUCUGCUUGCUAGGUGGGCCUGAGAAAAAGAGUAAAGAUUUGCAGUCUUGGGUCCACCCCAGAAGGAAACUAGGCCUUAAAAAAUGCGGAUCAUGUGGGUGAUUACCUCUAGGUAGUCAAGCAAAGGAGCAAUGCGACACUCUGGCGGCCAGGGGUGGUUGGGGUCCAUCAUUUGCUUUGCUGUGCGCCAUGUUCGGUAUUUCAAUCACACUGACACACCAUACGGGUCCCCCACCCCCACCCCACCCCAACAAAUUCUGAACAGGAAAUUGAUUUUUAAGGAAACCUGUAUUUUCAGGCUCCUCUCCUGGGGAACAUGCUGGCCGAUCUUCGCCUGACUAUGAUGCAAUCGGGGACACGUCACGUGUUUUCUGCCGUAGAUUUCCCAGAGGGGCUCCGUUAAUGUUUGAACAAAUGCACUUUUAAAAGAAAUAGAAAUACUAGCUAGAGAAAAUUUAGAUUUAAGUAACAUUCAGCCUGAGAACCACAUUUUUUUUUGAGCAAACAGUGUUCCUGCAAAGGAUAGCUGUCACUUAUAUUGUAGAGAUGUGUUUUGAAUGGUUUUUCUGAACCAUUAUCCCCGAUACUUUAGUGAGUUCCACUUUAUAAUUAAAGCGGAUUUAAGGAACUACAAAUUAUACUUAUUUCAAAGCCGGUUUUAAGGCUUUCAGUAUUUCACCAAAUAAAGUUCAAGAGUCUGGGGAGAAAGAGGAAAUGACCUCAUUGAGAAAUUUCAAAUGAUGGGGUUUGGUUUGGUUUGGUUAUUUUUUUUUGUUUUUUAUUUUUGUGUGCACGUAUCUGGUUCUCUUUGCUGCAUGGGCUUUAAUAAUGAGGUCAUCCUCUGACCUUUGCAAAAUGAGGCUUGAAGUAUUUUGCUCCCUUUAUUACAUGGUUCACUGCGUAGCCACUGUAGUACUGCUACCUUCUACUGAACGCAUGGUAGUCACUGAGUUUGGGGGGAAACAUUUGAAGAUUUCAGGUUACAAAUCGUUGGAGGGGGUGCCUGCCCAUAACAGCCCCAUCUCAUAUUUUGAACAUUGUGAUUUAUUGUUGUUUUACUUGUCUGAAUAACUCAGUUCUAGUGUUAGACGUUUAUAACCCUGUUCGUCCCCUCAGGGCGGGUUCCUUUACGGCCUGAGUGGUGUCUGUUAAGCUUCUGCCUUGUACUCAGUAGGUCUGGGCAUCACCCUAUCCUCAGAAGUGCUGGCAUUAUGGAGCACGCUAUUUCUCCGUUUUCAACGAUCAAAGCCAUCAUGUAGUUUUUCUGUCUAUCGUUAUUUGGGGUACGAUAAUGAAUUCACCACCUGGAUGGGAUGUUCUGUUACCAUCUUGAGAUGUCUGCUGCUUUGCUGUUUAUUACUACCACAAGAAACUCUAACAUGGGGCAAACCCCUCUCAUGCUGAAAGAUCGCAUUCGUCAGCAUCUCGUCUUACUAAAGCUUAUUAUGGUGAAGGCUGGCGAUUUUUGCUUGAUUUUGGAAAAAGGAACCUGGAUCACACUGGAAAUUCCACUGUUUUCAUUUCAAGAGUGGAAAUAGAAGAUGAGUGAUUAGCAUAAGCUAGGUUUACACAUGGUCAAUAUUUGAAAAUAGGUGUAUAUACUGGAAAUGUCUAUAAGUCUGUCUCUGCACAUAAUUUAUGAUCUGUUAUAUUGAGUUUACUUAGCUGUCUUAAAAAGAUUCAUCUGUAUUUAUUUACUUUUAGUUUUACAAGCCCAACAUUAUGUUCAGUGUCCAACUGUCAUGAUGAUAAAAUGAAAAUCUUAUUUUUCAAAUCACAUAGCCUGUAACUGUGGAUUUUUUUUAAAGUUAAACUGGUAAUUUCAGAUUGUACUGAGUUUUUUUAGCAUUGCUUCUUACUAGUGUCAAAAUUGUACAGGGGCACUUGGUGUGAAUCUCUUAGGAAAAGGAUGAAAUACACACUGACGGACCGAGAGGCGUGUGAGAAGAAGACGGAGGCCGCAUCUCCUGCGCACUUUGUUUUCCUAAUUGCGCGUCUAGUGACCUUGAAGCAUGAUGCCUAGUGGAUACUGUUUUGCACCAUUUCUACUUUAAUGCUAGUGCUUUUUAGUGUCCGUCUAAUUUAACACAUAAACCUUCAAGAUUUUGUAGUUUUUUAAAUGAAUGAUCAAAUCGGGGCAAAAGAGAGUAUUUGACCAUGAUGAACUGUAUUCCCUAAAGGGCAGCUCAGUAUGAUACUAACAGCAGCCACAGGUAUUUGGGGAGAUGAUAGUGCUUUGCUUUUGAGUGGUGGUGUUGGUAAAGAAUAGCAAACAUGUCAUGGACUACCAGGGGAACAGGUAAAUCAGUCACGGGCAAAGUAUAGGUAGAAUGCUCCUACGACGCAACGAUGGGACUUCAUCUCAUGUUAUUUAGACAGCUUUCCAGGAGGAACCAGUCACGCUUGGUGUGAAGCGUAGACGGGCAGCAAAGAGGAGGCUGGUUCUCAUGAGAUGCGUGGACACAGUGGCUCUAACACGGGGAGAAUGGCGUAAGAGCAGGCAGUGCUUCCUUCUGUGCGGCGGGUCCCUGUGAGUCAGAAGUGACCAUCACAAUGACAAUGCUCUGUGGAGUAGAAGACAUGUAGUGAGUCCUGGUUGUGGAUAGAGAACAUUCUACAAGCUGAGUCUCUGGGUUUCCAGCAGAUUACUCUGUGUAAGACGAUUCCCCAUACAAUAUCUCAAUUUAUGUCAUGCAUUUCUCAUCCCUUGUUUGGUCGUAAUCAGAGGUAUCUUACUACUGAGUGAUAAAAAGCUAGGGCUGAAGCUUAAUUUUGCCUCUCCUAACACAUUGAGGGCUUUGUAGGUCGUUUCCUGAGGGUAAGCUAUUGAGUCUAACUUCCUUGUUCUGGGAUGAACACUGGUUCUCCACCUUCAUCACCACGUGAGCAUUUUUAAUGCCCACACAGGUUCCUGAUUGAACUAGGAUAGUAUUAAUGCCAAACUUUCUUUUCCACAGAUAUGGAGACAAUCUCCAGUGUGCUUCCUUGUGGUUGUUUCGGAAAGAGAACACGUUAGGAACCAAUUAGCCCUGGGGACCCUGUAGCCUUCUCAUGAGUGAAAUCUGAAAAUAUCCCAGACCCAAGCUAGGAAAAUGGCCCCAGUUGGAUCUAGUACCUCAGCCUUUAUGGUUUUUGCUGAAGACAAAAAAACCCUUAGCUAAGUUCUUUGGGCGACUGUAUUAGCAUGUGAUUUAAAAAUAUAGUUAAAGGGGCCAAUGAAACUUUGAAUAUAUGUGGAGAUUCAAACUCCUGAGUGUUAAUGGUAAUAUAGACCAAACUUCGAGACUAAUUUUUAGCAAAUGUGUUAAAAAAGAUUCUACAGCAAGCCCAACAAUCCUAAGCGAAACCUCUAUAGGUACCUUGGGUGUGUUGUAGUCCCCAUCAUUAAACUUAGAUUUUGCAUAAUGACCGAAUUCCACCUGAGCUAACUGAAGGCACCUUCCCACAGAGCAGCAUCUUGGAGGUAUUGCACUUUGGCGGUCAGUGGUUCCCAGAAUUCCUGGUGGCUUCUGCCUUCCUACUCAAACCUUAGUGCUCGCUGAAACUUGUCUUUGAUCAAGGAACUAUAAGGACAUGCUUCGAAAGCUAAGCAGUGAGGGGUGAGAUCUAGUGUGAAGCACCCAUCUUUCUGUUAGAAUAGUUCCGCGUUGCUGAGGCUAGGUUAAGAGAGAAUCUCCAAAGAGACAGUAUUACAGGACAUCUGGAUGUGCUCCUCGUCAUCAGCCAGGGCAUGUCAGCAGAUUUGUUUCCAUUCAUCUUAGGGAUUUGCAUUCUCAGGAAAAUUAGUCGUGGUCGAAACCACUGGAGAAAAACAGUAACACUAGGCUAAACACCUUGAGUAACUUGAAAUAACGGCACAAAAUCGGCCCAACAACAAAGGUGGAGGACAAAGGACAAGCCUGCCCAAUCAAUUCUCCCUGGGGAAUGACGUGCUCCAGUUGUACUUUGGGGUAGACAGAGAGUUCCCAUGUGCCUGUGAUUGGGUGUUUGGCGGGUAUGUUGAGGGUUUGGUGGCUCUAUAAGUGAGGGCACGCAUAAGCAGAGCAUGUUACUUCUUCUGGGUGCCCAGCUUAGGGACGGAAAGCAGCAUGAUGAUUUCCAGUCAUGGGUCCUGUCUGGCCCCAGAACUAUAAGGGAAUCAAGAAUGAAUAAUAAACCAACAAACAACUUCUUAAUAAUUUGCAUGCCACUUAUGUAGAUGUACAGAGCUCCCUGUGCGCGAACCUUACACAGCAGUCACAGGGCAUAAACAAAAAGCACUGUAUCUGGGGCUUGGUCAUGUCAUUUGUGACCCACAGUCGUACUCAUAGCCUUAUUGCCACUUUUUGUGUUGUGUGUACAUUGAGAUUUUAACAGAUUUUUUUAAUGUAAGUAUUUCUACUAAAUGCACUUGACUUUCUUCUACAUGUUGAUAUAUUUUGGUAAAUUUUAUUCCUUAGAUACCUGAUAUUAAAAAAAAAAGAUACACUGUCCUCAGCUAUUUGAUUAGUGUUUUGAAGUCAAGAUCGCACUUUGCUGCGCGGGGCCUCAGCAGGGUGUGCAGCUUGGGCAUAUUCACUUACAGACUGGAGUUUUCUUGACGAAGAGUUACACUGUGUUCUCACGCAUCUGCUGCCACUUCUCCACCAACAUAUUUGGUAGCUGUGCUGACUAACUACUGACUGAUAGCAGCCCCUGCCAGGACACGGCCACUUCUUCUUUUUGGUCCCAAAUGGCGGCAUGGUUUAAUGAUCAAUGCCAAAAUUAGUGCAGUGGGCAUGAGCGUGUGUAUGUUGUUGGAAGGUGGAUCCUUCUGCUUAGUUCCAUUAUUUUAGUCCUACCACCUAGGUUUUCUUUAAAGAUUUUAUCAUCAUUCAUAGAAGAACAAUUGGGAAAAAAGAAAAUAAUAAUGAAAUUACCUAAAUCGUUGGAAUUGAGAUACUCCAAGUACAUAGCACUUCCCAACAGCGUCAGACUUAGUGCUUAGUGAAAUCUCUUCAACGUUUUGGUAUCUUUUCCCUCAAUGUUAUUUAAUGUCACAGCGACUGCUUUUGUGUGUUUUGGUGGCAUCGCAAUGGAACCACUAAUACAUCUGCUACAUAUGACUAACGAAAUGGGCAGCCGGGUGGGAGGGGGUGAAUUUUGUUUCACUGUAAGAAGUUGAUUUGUUUUCAUCUUACUUUAUAUAUCAUUAAAGGAAAAGAGUUGUUUAAAAAAUAAUUUUAAGUCAAAUAAGUAUGGAUAGCAUGUUAUCUGAAACUUUUAAUUUACACAUUUGGAUGGCGAAUCAUUUGCAUGGUAGAGACAAUAGUGCCACGUCUGAAUUGUCCCCUUGUGCUUGGUUAAUGUACCGCUCUAGGUCCUUCUGUCUCCAAUGACAUUCCUUGCUCUGUGGUUUUCAGAGACACUCAAAGAAAAGUACCGCAGUGGUCUUUUGUUUUCUAACCAAUCUAAAAAUACCUGUGAUUAUAUUUAAUUUGUUAGUGUAUAUACAUUUCUUGCCAAUGAGUAUUAUUGUUCUUAGACAACGAAUGCAAUAAAAAAAAGAAAGAGAAAUA